AAGUUUGUGGCUGCAAGGCUAUGAUCGCAAUUGUAUCUCAGAUAUCUGCCUGUUCAAAAUUACCAUUUCCGCUCAAAGCUAGAUACUGUUCCUGAGUCGGAAAGAGCUGGAGAACAAAUCAUAUAUACAAACUGGUGUCCUCUUCUCAAGUGAUUCACCACUUUCAGUCAGCCUGAGUUGACGAGGCGCACCGCGACACACAACUCAAGAUGCCCAUUCCUCCAGCGUACCACGAAUCCCUUCCUUAUGUUGACCAGGAACCGAACCUGGAAGCUCUGGCCGCAGCCCGUGACCUUAUCGCUGCCGAAGCAUCUUCUCAACCUCCCCUGCCGACUUCCAAUCCAGAACCCUCCUUCACGCCCGCCAUGAUAGCCGAGCUUGAGCGCGUCUCCAAAUCCACGCCACUUGCACCGCUCGAUUUAAGCCGCUACGAGGCUCCUUCUCCUAGCGCCCCUCCAGCGACCGCCCUGCCUGCUGCCGCUAUCGCACAUAGCUACCUCUCCUCACGCCUCACAAACCUCGAGCUUCUGGAGAAGUGGGGAAAGAACGCUUGGCUCUUAGGGAACCAUGGACUCGAGGCAGAGCUCCAGGUACUGGAGCGUGAGCUUGUAGCCGUUAAGCGUGAAAUCGACAUCGUGAACCUAGAGAGGCAGAAGAGGCAGAACGCUGUAGGGGCUGAGAUCAAGACACUGGAUGAUACUUGGCGCACUGGCGUCGGCCGGGUGCUAGAGACUGAGGUUGCGGUUGAAGAACUUCGGAGGAAGGCUCGGGAGGAGCUCACGCGGAGGGCCACAGACGAUCAGGGGCAGUAA